UAGAAGAAACAAGUUCUAUUUCGGUUUACCUUGCAAAGCGUCGCGAGUUCCGUAUUGGCACGUUCGUGUUCGGAAGGUGUCCUGAAGGAUGCGCCCUGCGUAGAGGUUGACCCACCUUCCGGAACGGUUAGUCACAAAGAAAUGUUCGGUCCAACCAUUUUUUCCGAUUCUUUUUGCUUUACACAGUCUUUGUCUCACAAUGAACAAGCUUUUCGAAUAAUACAGCCUGAUUACUGGACGACGUGACCAGUCCUGGGAACCAACGUCCGCAUUUCCGAAUGGGACCAACUAUCGUUAUUUGGCAUUGCGCAUUCAAAUCAAUACCGUGGUUGAAUGAACGCCUGCGUACUAAACCCGUACAACACGCGAAACUGAAUGGAAAUGCAUGAGACUGCAAGUACAUGCAUGCCAUAUGCACGUGUACGCGAAUAACACAUACAUAGCAUGGUGAAGCAUUGCAACACUAACUGUACACACCGAGUAUGUAGAUGGCGCCAAGUAUUUCAUACACAAAGUGUGAUUUACACUAGCGAUUUACAGUGGCAAAAGAUAAUUUGUUGUGAUGUUUAAAAUAUAGAGCUUUAUUAAUUAAUGUGAUAUGGCUCCUACAAUUCAAACAAAUGGCAACACAACUGACAGAGAUAAACGUACCGCUAGACCGGCAGAGAAAAGAUCCGAGUUGAUCUGUCGGGUUAAAUAUUGUAACACGCUGCCUGAUAUACCGUUCGAUCCAAAAUUUAUUACAUAUCCUUUCGAAUCCACUAGAUUUAUACAGUAUAAUCCAACAUCCUUAGAACGUAAUUAUAAAUACGAAGUAUUGACAGAACAUGAUUUAGGCGUGGAGAUCGAUCUUAUAAACAAAGACACGUACGCUGGAGAUGUUAAUGCUCAGCUGGAUCCAGCCGAUGAAAAGCUCUUGGAAGAAGAUGUUCUCACUCCACAAGAUUCCAAAAGAUCUAGACAUCAUGCCAGAAGCGUUUCUUGGCUCAGACGUACAGAAUAUAUUUCAACAGAACAAACUAGGUUCCAGCCACAAACUGUGGACAAAGUUGAGGCCAAAGUUGGUUACAGUAUUAAGAAGAACUUUAAAGAAGAAACAUUAUACAUGGAUCGUGAAAGUCAGAUAAAAGCUAUUGAGAAAACCUUUGAAGACAACAAGAAAUCAAUUGAAAGACACUACAGUAAACCCAAUGUGGUACCUGUUGAAAUUUUGCCAGUAUUUCCUGACUUUAAGUUAUGGAAAUAUCCUUGUGCACAAGUCAUAUUUGACUCAGAUCCUGCUCCGGCAGGACGUUCAGUGCCUGCUCAAAUUGAAGAAAUGUCUCAAGCCAUGAUUCGAGGUGUCAUGGAUGAAAGCGGUGAACAGUUUGUUGCAUACUUUUUGCCACUUGAAGAAACGCUUGACAAACGUAGACGCGAUUUCACUGCCGGAAUUGACUAUGCUGACGAUGAAGAAUACGAAUAUAAAAUGGCUAGGGAAUACAAUUGGAAUGUUAAGAGUAAAGCUUCCAAAGGAUACGAGGAGAAUUACUUCCUUGUUAUGAGACAAGAUGGAGUAUAUUAUAACGAACUUGAGACGCGUGUGCGCCUUAGCAAACGUCGUCAGAAAGCAGGACAACAGCCAAAUAAUACGAGAUUAAUUGUGAGACAUCGGCCACUAAAUGCUAAUGAGUUUAAAAUGCAAAGGUACAGGGAGAAACAAUUAGAACCACCUGGAGAAGAAGACGAGGAAGAAGAGGAGGAGGAAGAGGAAGAAGAUGAAGAAGAACCUCAGCAGGAAACAGAGAAGGCUGAUGAAAAAGGAUCUGAAAACGAAGCUGGAUCUAGAGCAUCGUCUAGAGCUUCUUCUCGAGCAUCCAGCAGGAAAUCUAGAUCCCGAUCAAAGUCUGCUUCCAGGUCGAAAUCUCGAUCUAGAUCUCGAUCUCAUUCGAGAUCUCGAUCUAGAUCUCGGUCACCGUCAAAGUCAAGAUCUGCUUCUCGUUCACGUUCCGAAUCACGAUCUCCCUCAAGGUCGCGCAGUAAAUCAAGAUCGAGAUCGAAAUCUGGCAGUCCACAGUCCAGAAACUCUUCUAAAUCGAGAUCUCGCUCUAGAACUCCACCUAAAUCUCGAUCUGGAACUCCAUCGAGUACAAAAUCUAGAUCAAAAUCAAGAUCUCGUUCAAGGUCUAGGUCAAGAUCAGGUAGUGGUAGUGCCAGUGGAUCUGGGAGCGGUAGCGGUGAAAGUGGUUCUGAAAGAUCUGAAAACGAAGCUGGAUCUAGAGCAUCGUCUAGAGCUUCUUCUCGAGCAUCCAGCAGGAAAUCUAGAUCCCGAUCAAAGUCUGCUUCCAGGUCGAAAUCUCGAUCUAGAUCUCGAUCUCAUUCGAGAUCUCGAUCUAGAUCUCGGUCACCGUCAAAGUCAAGAUCUGCUUCUCGUUCACGUUCCGAAUCACGAUCUCCCUCAAGGUCGCGCAGUAAAUCAAGAUCGAGAUCGAAAUCUGGCAGUCCACAGUCCAGAAACUCUUCUAAAUCGAGAUCUCGCUCUAGAACUCCACCUAAAUCUCGAUCUGGAACUCCAUCGAGUACAAAAUCUAGAUCAAAAUCAAGAUCUCGUUCAAGGUCUAGGUCAAGAUCAGGUAGUGGUAGUGCCAGUGGAUCUGGGAGCGGUAGCGGUGAAAGUGGUUCUGAAAGUGAAUAAAUAUUAGGAGACUUUCUACGUGAAUUAUGAACCGAAAGAUCUUCUGAUGUUAAGAUCGGAUUGUUAUAGUCUUGAAAAUAUUUGACACUUAUAUGUAUAUAAUGAAUAUCAUAAAUGUACGAUUUAUUUCGAUACGAUUAAAAAGUUGAUUUUAAUAAGAAAAAUAUUUCAGAAAGGGA